AAUUUGUCCCUGAGAGGGGACGGUAAUGUGACGUGACAUGCUCGCAGCGGAAAGUUCGUUGCGUGGUUAGUCAGUCAGCCGUAUUCUUGGCACGAGAGACCCUUCGUUUUGUUUUUCGCAUGGCAAGCAUUUCGAAUGAAAUUUCUUUCGAUUUCAAAAAGAAGGCACAUACGUGGUGCAAGCAGUACCUUGGAGGAAGUUGGAGGAAUGUUUCUUUGGAGGAGUUUUCCAUUGACGUUUUAGGUGGUGGUCUCAGCAAUGAGUUGUUUAUUUGCCGUCUGCCAGAUAAUUAUCAAAUAGGAAAUGCAGAGAAGAGGAAAGUUGUCCUACGCAUUUAUGGACCACUCUAUGAUGAACUUGUCACUAGUGUGGGAGCUUUGAUUUCAGAUUCUGUUGUCUUUGCUCUGCUUUCUGAGUGGAAUGUUGGCCCAAAGCUUUUCGCAAUAUUUCCUGAGGGGCGAUUGGAGGAACUGCUUCCAGCACGGAGUCUGACUAGAAAGGAGCUAGCAUACCCUGAGAUCUCAGUUAGGAUUGCUAAAAAAAUGGCAGUGUAUCAUGGGCUGAAGCUUCCUCUUUCCAAGGAGCCUGAUUUUAUGUGGAAUACUAUAUCUGGAUGGUGCGAGGAUGCUUUACAAACACAAUUCAAUGAACAGGAUAAAGCUGUUAAAUUGGCCAAACUCAAAAGUAUGGAUUUAAGAAAAGAAUACCAAUUUUUAAGAAACUAUUUAGAAACUGCCACUUCACCAGGGCCAGUUACCUUUUGCCAUAAUGAUCUUCAACAAGGCAACAUUUUGAAAGUCUCAAAAGAAGUGCAAGAAAGCAAUGAGGAAGAAUUUGACUUAAAGCUAAUAGACUUUGAAUUUAGUGCCUACAAUUACAGAGCUUUUGACUUAGCAAAUCACUUCUGUGAGUGGAUGUUUGACUACGCAGUUCCUCCUCCACAAUAUUUUUCUUUGUCGCUCAAUAACUGGCCCAGCAAAGAACAGCAACUACUCUUCAUCAGAGCUUACUUGGACAAGGAUCCACAGAACAACCAUCCCUGUGCUGAACCAACCAUAGAGGAAUCAGAAUUGUUAGAUCAAGUCAAUAGGUUUGCUCUUGCUUCACACUUUAUGUGGGGGUUAUGGGGUGUUGUACAGGAACGAUUAAACAAUGGUAGUCAUAACAUCCAAUUUAACUACCUGGAUUAUGGUUUGGCACGGUUUGAAGCUUAUAAUCAUCGCAAGAAAGAGCUAGGUCUCAUUUAAUUCUAAAAAAAUUGACUAUGAACAUGAAACUUUGUAUUUUAUCUACAGAAAUUUACAGACAGACAGUUGUCUUGUUUGAAUACAAAAUUAACAAAUAUAAUCAUUUGUACACUUAGCAAAAAUAUUGUUUAUUCGUGUAAAUUUGUAGAUAUGCUAUAUAGAUCACACAAAAAUUGCAUUUUUGACAAUUUAGCCCUUCAAGAUUUUUAACUUAUAUAUAAAAAAUUAUCAAUUUUGACAGAAAAAAUUACGUAAUAUAUUAUUUGCAUAAACUAGGUGAUGACAAAUCACGAAUGAAUGUUAACUUAGCCUAAUGUUGUUUCAUUAUGUAUCUAUAACCUAUGUGUUUUAGGAUCUUUUAGGUUUCGGUUACUGGCGAAAAUUUGAUUGAAAACAUUGUUGCUGGCGUAAUUAUUACAAUUCAUCCAUAGUUAUGCCACAAAGGGCAAUGAAAAAAAACUGUUUUUUGUGGUUAUUACCAUGCAUGUUUGUUAAACUUGCUACUUCCGUAAAGAUUCGAUAUAGCGCCCGCGGGGCUAAUUUGUUUAUUGUAGCUCAUUACGGACGGACGAUUAGAAAAGUGAUG